AUAAAAUCGAUGCAAGAAACAGAGCAAUCCGAAAAAGAUAUGAUAGGUUCUCUGCUAGACGGUAACAAAUCUCUCAUCUAAUUAGAGGACGAAUCAAAAUGUUCAGAAUUCAGAUCAUCCAUCACCAAAUCCCAACAGCAUUCUCAAUCUCAAUCUGUAAAACUUUCUCUCUCUAUCCAUCUAGCCCGUCAAAAGCUUCAAAGACCUCAAAGAAGCCAAAGAAAUCCCACUCCUCCUUGAUGAUGCAGGGUAUUAUCAUCCAUAUUAAACCAGUUAAUAAGAAUUUCCUUCCAAUGACCCAAACAACUUUUAUUUUACUGUCUAAUCCGCCUUCAUUCAACAGCGACAACACUCAUUGAGUCACGAGUUCCAUCAAUACAUGGUCCCUCAACCUCCACUCUAUUACCCUUGUUAAGACGGAUUCUUCUCAUAAAAACGAACGAAGAAAUUACAAUCCUCUGCAGAUUCAGAAUAAACCAUUGUAAUCUUCCUAUUUCUUAUUAGAGUCACAACAAUGCCAAGAUCAAUAUGCAUCUCUCAAUAUCCAAUAGUCCUUUAUCCAAGGAAAUGAUUUUUAGAAAGAUAAAAUAUUUAAAGCCUUAAUCGAAGAUUUACCACUUCUUGCCAAACACAAAUUUGGGAAUUAUGUCAUUCAAAAAAUAAUCGAAAACUCCAAUCAGAACAUCAGAACUCUCAUCUUUGAAUAGCUCCAUCCUUUUAUCAUCGAAAUGUGCUAUGAUAAAUUUGGAUGUAGAGUCAUCUAAAGAUUACUAGAAUUCAUUUAAAAUCACCAGAAAAUACAAUUAAUCUAAUCAAUCAAGAGUCAAGUAUUGAACCUCAUAUUUGAUCAAUGCGGAAAUCAUGUAAUCUAAAAGAUCAUCGACUUGGCAUCUGACGCAGAGUUUAUAAUUGACAUUGUGACAAAUAACGUUGAUCAUAUUGUCUCUCAUUCCUAUGGCUGCCGAAUUGCCUAGAAAUGUUUAGAAAUAUUUCCCAAUCAAAAAUUGCAGCAACUCUAUAUUUCCCUUAUUCCACUGUGUGAGAAGCUAUCGUUCUGUCAAUACGGAAACUAUAUAGUGCAACAUAUGAUCAAUUAAGGACCGCCGAAAGGAUUGGAGGUUAUUGGGAAAUACAUCAAAGCGAGGAUCCUCGAAGUCAGCUAAGAUAAAUAUGCCAGGUAUCUUUGUAAAUUGAUUAUCAAGCAUUGUAGCUUAAAAAUACAUAACAGUGGCUAAUGAUGAUGAUAUUGCAAGUAUUUGCAAAAUCCUCAUUAAUGAUUACUAUCCUCCAAUGUUACUAAUUUUAAUUAACAAUUAAUUUGGAAAUUAUGUGAUGCAAAAUUUCUAUUAAAAAUGCAAUGACAAAUAGAAAUAAUCAAUUUAGAUCUAAAUUAAUAAAUUCGAGGAUCAUCAAUUCACCCAAUUUGGUAUAUCUCAUAUCUCUUAUUUUAGGUCGACAUUUCUUAUAAUUUUUGGCCAGAUGCCAUGCUUGUUGA